AUGACAGUAAACAACAACCAGAAAGCACCCAGUGCAGCUGCCAGGCUGGCGAAUCUGCCCGUUGUUCGUUCGGCUUGUGCCAGACUAUCGGUCUUGUACACGGGCACAAAAUCCAGGCAUCCCGGCCUGAAGUCUGCGUGUGAAGUGCUGGAGAGCAGCGUGACAGCUGUAGGCAGAGCAGCUUGUUACAGAGCGUCACCUGUCAUUGUUAAACUAGAGCCCCAGAUUUCCUAUGCAAAUGAUGUUGCCUGCAAGAGUCUCGACUGGCUGGAGGCUUCAUUCUCUGUAAUUCUGUCAUCCACAGAAAAGAUUGUUAUCCCUGCCAAAAACAAAAUGAAUGAGAUUCAGGCUGGGAUGAGCACUGCAGCCAAUCAAACCAUUGACUGGGUGAUGAGGAGGAUGAAUGAUGGCAUUAACCAAUCACCUCUGAAGAGGGUCGUUGGUGUGACAGCUGUGGGACUGGACACAGCUCUGAGCUUGUCAGAGGCUCUGGCGGACCAAAUGCUUCCCCCAACACAAGAAGAUGCCUUUCUUUUCUUCGUAUCUCUAGAAGAAGCUCGCUUGAUGGAAGGUUUUGAAGUGGUCACGCUCAGGGGCCGUUACCCUGAGCGACUGUGCUCACUCACUGCUAAAAUGUGUAGAAGGCUUUACCAUGAAACUGGAUCCAAGAUUCAAGCUGUUCAGGAGGUAAUGAGGAGUUCACCUGGGCCUUCAGCUCUGGUUCAGAACUUGCAGACCAGCUGGCUGGCCCUGGUAUGGAGUGUCCAACGGCUGCCUCAGUACCUGCAGAAUCAGGCGUUCUCUGGGUUUUUCUUCAUCAUUCAGAUGUACAACUUAAACUCCUUGCCAACCCAGAAGAAGCAAUCUAAUCAAGGCAGAGGUUAUCUUCGUACCUCCGUGCCUCAAAGGGGUGUAGCCCAGAAGGGGAGGGCUACCAAGAGGUCUGGAUUUGACAGCUAA